AUGCCUACAUGUAUACAAACUGAACAUCUUAAAGAGAUCAACUUUAGACAACAGUCAUCUGUUGACAUCGAAAAAGAUUUGUCUUAUAAAGAAAAAAUUGAAAGUCCAACAUCAGAGAGUGAUUUGGAUUUCACAAUAAGUACUUCAACAACAUUCUGUUCUUCAGCAGAAGUUUGGAAGCUUAGAAGAUACUUUGAUAGAUGUUUUGUACAAGGCUUUAAUCCAGCAUCCGUAAAAAUAGUUUGUUCACAUACAAGUUCUAUUCAUAAUCCAAUUUAUGAUUCAAGUUACACUUAA